AUGCUAGCAGGCCUGAAUGAGUCGCUGUUUGUUGCCUUGGAGACGGUUCUGGACAGAACCGCCUUCCGACCUGUCCACAGCCUAUCAACACCCACUAACGUCAGCAUCAAGCUCACUGUCGUCGGUAUUCUGGGAGUGGAGUGGAAGACAGAGGCCGUGAAGUGGGACCCCUUACAAUGCGGAACCUCCAGGAUUUCAUUACCCAGAAGCAUGCUGUGGACACCUGACAUUCUCAUCAAUGAAGUUAUGGAAGAAGACCAGUCCCCAGAAGCACCCUAUGUGUAUCUGAACUACACUGGUCAUGUGUUUGAUGCCCACCCUAUCAGAGUGGUGAGCGCCUGUAGGCUGGACAUCUAUGCCUUUCCCUUCGAUGUGCAGAACUGUUCUCUCACCUUCGGAUCCUAUCUCCAUGUUGCCUCAGACUUGCAGCUGACUCUGGGCAGGAAUAUCUCGGAGGUGCUGGAGGAGUCUCGGAGCGUUCUGCGUUCGGCAGGAGAGUGGGAGCUGCUGGACCUCAGGGCCACUGACAACGCCCCACACACCAGGGAUCACCCCAUACAUCAUGAUCACGACCAGGUCGUCUUCUAUAUCAUUCUGCGGCGGAGGGCCACCCUGUAUGUGGUGAACCUCCUGGUCCCCAGCUGCUUCCUCAUCACAGUGGACCUCUUCAGCUUCCUCCUGCCCCCCCAGAGUGUGGACCGCUCCUCCUUCAAGAUGACCCUGAUCCUGGGCUACACCGUCUUCCUGCUCAUCAUGAACGACCUGCUGCCCAUCACUGGCAGCAGGACACCCCUGAUAAAUGUUUUCUUCUCAAUCUGCCUGGCUCUGAUGGUGUCUAGUCUUCUAGAGACGAUUCUGAUCACCAACAUCCUGUACAGUUCUAGCCAGUACCCCUCGAUCCCACGCUGGAUCCGUGUGAUUGUCCUGCAGUACCUGGCCCGGCUCGUCUGCCUGUACCAAAAGCCCAGCAACCGUGUCACUGUCACACUGCACUCUGCUGUUCAAGCAGAAAAGUAUGAGGCUGCUGCCGGGCCCUCUGUUAUCUCAGGGCCCCAGGAGCCUCAGGGGCCCCAAGGGAAGGGCCACUUCCAUGAGGAGCUGCUGCUGCAGGAGCUGAGGAGGCUGAGUGCAGACCUGCUGGCCAUCCGGUUGAAGAUGGACCGCAGCCAGCAGGGCAGUCAGAACGCAGAGGAGUGGGUCCAGAUCGGCAAUGUCAUCGACCGCCUGCUCUUCUGCCUCUACCUGCUCUUCAUCUGUGCCAGCUUCCUCACCAUCAUUAUGAUCUGGGCACACUGGCAUAGUCAGUGACCCUACAGCAGGCCCUACAGACCCUACAGACCCUACAGCAGAAACCCUACAGACCCUACAGCAGGCCCUACAGACC